CCUCAUUCUACAACUGAACUAAAGCAGUUGCUGUUGGCUUCAACCCGGUCAGCGAGAAGUCGCCCGAACCAGUCUUUAAGUAUGCUAACUUGUUUUUGUCAAUGGCGGUUAGAUGGAAAACUAGGCACAAGCGAAAAUACGGCGCUGCUUAAGUCUCCAACAUUCGCUCAACAAUUGUCUCACUGGAUGAAAACCAAUGUCGCAGGAGGAAGUAAGGAGGCUACGUCAGCUUCUAGAAGACGAGCAACGACGCCGCGAAGAAGCAGACCGACGCCUUGCCGAGGAGCAACAACGCCGCGAAGAAGCAGACCGACGCCUUGCUGA